GCUGGGUGGGGUGAUGGUUGCCGGGCAACAGUAAACAACAAUAUGGAGAAAGGUGAUUCAACCAUGAUGUUCGCUGCCCACCAGAUGUUCAAGUUUUCCAAUGUCGGUGCCAUUAUCCUGGCAUUUGGGUAAAGCUGCUGGUAAUGCCCAGCAGACCUUCACCACUACGACUGAGAGUAAAUUAACCUUUGCUUCCAGCCCUAUUCUUACCCUUUUAUUGUCUUUCCUUGAGUGAGAACUACUGUAAAUAUUCUAUAAUUCUAUUUUGUUUGCCAAGAUGCCUAUUCAUGUCUCAGACUACACUUGGCAGCAGACCCAUGAAAAGAUCAUUCUGUCACUUGAUCUACAUCAGACGAGUCCUAAAAAUGUGGAUAUUGUAACCACAGACUCCUACCUCAAGGUGAGUUUUUUGCCAUAUAUAUUUGAAGCAUUUUUGUGCCAUAUGAUCAAAUCAGAGCAGAGCACAGCUAGGAUCAUGAAAGGAAGAAUAGAAUUUGAUCUGGCAAAAGAGAACCAGGUGCACUGGAGUAAUUUCUGUCUGAAGUUGAGUCGAGAAGAAAUGCAAAUUAAGAGGCAAGAAGCUAUCAGAGAUUCUGAAGAAAAAGAAAAAUUGAAGGAAAAACUACGGAAAGAGGAGCAUAAUUGGCGGGAAAAAUUUGCCGUGGCACAGCAGAUUUCAGAAGAUGAUAAGACACGAGAAGAACGUAAGAAAUUAAUUGAAAAAGAGAAAAUGGAAUUCUUCAGUGAGCCCAUUAAAGAUAUACUUCCAAAGGAUGAAGUGCCUGCUACUCAGCCCAUUAAGGAUAUCUGUCAGAAGGAUGAAGCAGAAGAUGAUAAGAUCAUACAUGUGCGUCGUCGAAUGAGCAGCACAUGCUCAGAAGAUGGCACAUCUGUUGCACAAGAAAUUGAUUAUGAUGGUGAUGGUGAAGAUAGCAUUUAUUAUUCCUCUACAGAGAACCUUCAUCUUAAGAAUGGUAAAUUUAAGAUUGACAAAGCAGAGAAAGCAAAUCGAAAGCAACGAAAAUCUAGCUCAAUUCGCAAGGCAGCAUUCAAAGAAAUAGAAGGAAAAAAAAAAGAAUUAAAGAAAGUUGAAACGGUUCCACCUGUGCGGCAAAAUUGUACUAUAAAAGUGAAAUACACACCCAGGGCCUUCCAAACGCCAUGCCGAGAAUCUACUCAUACAGAUGAACAGCAGUGGCUCUCCUCUCAGUCUAGUAGCUCUUCAUCUGUAAAGGACAGCACCUUGGAACACAGUGAAGAAUACUACAAGGAUAAAUCAGUGUCUUUGUUUGGCAGUGGAGAUUAUUGUGGGUGUGUAAAUGCAUGUACAGAAGCUUUGAAACUCAACCCAACAUUACCAUCAUUGUACAGCAAUCGAGCAGCUGCUAAUUUGGCACUAAAUAAUUUACAUCACACAAUCAGUGAUUGUGCAAAGGCCCUUGAAUUACUGACUCCUCCAACACAAGACAAUGGGAAAUCACGCUUACUUUGUCAUAUCCGUCGAGGCACAGCAUUUGUUCGCCUUGGUCUUUUGUCUGAGGGUUUAGCUGACUAUCAGGCAGCUCAACAAAUAAGUCCAGAGAAUAAGACUCUACAAAAAGAUGUGGAAAGGAUACAGUCUUUGUUGGCGAAUUCAACAGACUCGGAAGAUUCAGAUGGUGACAGUGGCUGUGAUGAUGGUGUUGGUACAUGAAAACUGCAGCUUUGGUUGUUCACUCAUCCUUUCUAAAAAAAAUUUGUAAAUUACUGCUUUUGAAUAAUGAUUAUGAAUGCUGUGACUGCUUUUACUGCAAAGUAUUUUCUUAGAUAAUGCUAGCUAUGUUUUUCAUUUUAUACCCCUUUUUUUAACUUGCCUAUUGUAUAUAAAGAUCCUCUACCUCAUAGGUUUUUAUAUUAUUAAUAGACUAUGUUCUUCCCAUAUACUUUUAACUAUAAAAUAUUUUAAUUUAUAAAUAUCCAACAACAGUGCAGAAUAUGAUUAUGUAUAGGCAAAUUAACAGCUUCUAUAAUCUGGCAACAAAUUUCCAGCUUGCAAACUGUGGUACAGUAUUAAGAAAAAAAAUUCUGUUGAUUAUGCUAUUUAUAGCUAGGUCAUUGGCACAUAGUCAUCUUGAAGUAAAUAAUGUUAACACUGUAGUGCAUCUCUGUACAGCAAAGUGUCCAGAAGGUACCUUUACCCAUGUUUUCUAUAUUCAACAUUUUAAAAGUACAAUUUGUAUGUCUUCUUCUUUCAACAAACUGGCUAUAUUUCACCGAGGCAGGGUGGCCCAAAAAGAAAAACAAAAAUUUUAUGUAUGAAAAAAAAAAAUGGACAUCCUCUUCAUCAUUAAGCAUUAGUAUCAGUUAGAAGUUUUAAUCAGCACUAGCACUGGAUAUCUAUGAAUUAUUCUGGAUAUUUUUUCCCCACAGCCUAGUCUUGAACCAGGCCUCAGCAUGGAAUGGGAAAUAUUACAAGAAAAUAGGACUAUUAGAAACAUGCAAGAAAAUAAACCUAGGUAUAUACGGAAUGUAAGAAGUGUUUGUAAGAUUUUUCCUUCCAUCUUGUCCAUAAUUGAAAAACAGACCAUUAAUCCUGCAAAAAUGUAAAAUGUAGACUUCUGUUUCACACUCAUGAUAGGAUAUUGGGGGCAAAGGUACUUUAGUUCACCCUGGUUUUGUACUUUACUAAUGGGCUAUUAAAUUGAGUACAGUACUACAUUUUAUUGAUUCCUAGUAAAAAAAAAAGCACAUACAGUUGUUUAUUGCUUUACUGAAUUUAACAAUUAAUAAGUCAUUAUUCUUUUAAAAGUAAUGGAAACUAGUUUCAGUAGAGUAUUACACACAAAAAUAAAUUUUCUUUAUUGAAUAUGAGCUUCCAUAAUUUAUAAUACCUGUACUAUAAUAUGUCCAAAAUAGAAAAUGUCAUCCAGCUAUAUAAGUUUUAAGAUGUACUCUUAAUAUAUACUUUAUUUUCAGUCUUUGAUAAAACUUGUAUUUCUCAAUAAUGCUGCUACUAUAGUUAUGGAAGCAGUACACUUAGAAAGGUGCUCCAUCUUCCAAUGAUGAAUCAUAUUCCAGGCUGGAUUCAAAU